AUGGAUAACUGGAUAGAGUCCAUAGAGGCGGUAUCAAGCGGUGUGGGUGCAGUGAACGCUGCUGUUGGUGGGGUCGUGAAUCAGUUCUUGGCCUUUGCAGAACAGUACAACGUUGCUGCUUCCCAAACAGAGGUGGCAGUAGGCACCCUUACCCAACGCAUAAGUGGAUCAUCCACCGGGCUCGUUGGAUGCCUUACAGAUCUCGCCACAAUGAGCAGGGCGAUGAAAGACGCGAUGGAUGCGAACCCUGAAGAAGCUGGUACUUUAGUGUUUAGUUUGUUCAACAUUUUUCUCAAGCAGCUCACAGUAUACUACAAGGAUGCCUGUGAGUCACUUGAGCAGGCCGAGUUGGCGUUUCGCAAAAGUAAGCCCUCCGUUGGUUGCCGAAGUGGCAGUGUGCCGGUGACUGACGCAAUGCCUCUUGUCACUCGAUCGCCCACAGUAUCCACUUCGCCGUCGGAGGCAGGCAUCGCCGCUAAGAAACAGCCCACCGAGAAGAAAAAGAAGAAGGCGCAAGAAGCCAGCAGGGAAAAUGCGUUGAUCCCCCGCGAGCAGCAGUUGGAGGGGAAGGCAGAAAACGUCACGCCGACCGUGGGACAUUCCCCCGCCUUGGGCGAUGGGUCACUGAAGGAGAAGCCAACAGCUCGUCGUGGCACGGCGUCCGCCGCGGCGAAGGUGGUGAUGGAACCGGCGUACCUGCACGUAGGCUCCACGGUGGAGGAAGCACUCGGACGUCUAGUGCUGUCCAGUCGGCCAAACGUCUUCACAGCACCAGAGGUGAUUGAGCGUCGGUCGCCCAUUACGACGUACUAUAUCGCACUUCCUACGCCAGGAUGCCUUGGAUCACUGCUCCUAAAAAACUACAUUUCCCUGGGGGAGGAUAUCCAGGCGGAUCUUAUGUGCGACAUUCUACGAACAGACUGUGUAGAGGUGGAGCCUUUCGAUUCGCCUGACGGUGAAAUUGUAGUAGAGGACCCUUCUGACCUCCGCGGUAUACCGGCGUGCGGAUGGCGUCUCGGAACAACGGAAGACCGGCAGCAGAUGCUGUACACACUCUACGUUCUCGUCGAUCGCGGUGGGACAUCAUCACGAUCUUUGUUGAUUCAGGAAUCCCUCUUGGUAGGUGGAGAACGGGAAGAGGUGUUGCACAUCAUCACGGCUUUAUCAGAAGCUCCACAGUUUGCCAAGGUGACGGUACGUGGGUUUAGUCAAGCAGGGAGGCGGAGCUCAUCCCCUACGAAAAAGUACACCAGCGAACGUUUGUCAGCUAUUGUAAAUAUAACAAAAGAUACAUACGAGCGGAAUGGUUUCUUUGAGGUGAAGGAGGACGAAGUGCGCGCAGAGGUUCAGCGGCGCCAUCAUGAACUGCAAGUGUUGCGAGAAGAGGAGCUUCUCACAAAGUCAGGUGCCACUGAAACGGCUUUCCAAGGCACAGUUGAAUUGGCGUCGCUCGACCAACCAUCUGAACACCAAGGUUGGGGCCUCAGUGAUGUCGCCAAAGGCGCUGUGCGGGGUGCCGCAGCUGUUGUGCUUGCCCCUGUCUCUGUUGGGAAAGCUGUAGGAACUGCUGUCCUGGGAGUCUCUGGUGUGACAGGUGCCAUCAAGCAGCAGACAGAAAGUCUCUUUCGGAAGUCUUUCCCACAGCUGGCGUCUGAGGAUAUCAUCGAAACGUUCAGCUGCGCGCUGGUGGAUGAUGGAAACCCGAUACCAAAGCAGGGCUUUAUAUUUAUAACGCCCAGAUGGCUGUGUUUCCAGGCCGCCCUUGCACACGCAAACUUUAGCCUGGAGUGGGAUGAGAUCCGGGAUGUCCAGAAGCAGCGGACUGUCAAGUUGCUAGAGAACGCCAUUAUUGUGUCAACACACUUGGGUGGAUCGUACUUUUUGACCUCAUUUGUCCAGCGAGAUCAAGCCUACAACGUCAUAAUGAAACAGUGGCUGAGGAAGUAG